AUGACAACGACAACCACUAUACUCGAUGCAUCUGAAAUUGAUCAUCUUGUCGCGUCAGAACAAUAUCGACUUCAAACAUUCGACAGUUUGACACACUUCCCAUCUGAAACUCGUCGUCAGUUAGCACUUGCCGGUUUUGUCUAUCGACAAUCACAAUGCGUAUGCCCACAGUGUGGAAUUGAAAUCAAUCUCACAUCCAUUGAUACAAAUACAGAAUAUGCACCGAAUUACUUUCGCAAAUUACAUCGAAAAAAAGUUGCACAUCUUGGCAAACGUUGUUCGUUUCUUCUAUGUGUAGCGACUAAUAUUGAUGAUCUUCGUACUCCACCAUCAUCUCAACAGCAACCACAAUGGGAUGACGCUGAGGAGCCCGAAUAUAAUCAAUAUUCUAUGCGUUUACAGUCAUUGGAAUCAUGGCCGCCCUUAGAACGUUUCACAGCUGAUAGUGCACAAAAGACUUUUGUCACGCCAGAAACAAUGGCGAAACAUGGAUUCUUUUUCUCAGGUCCUGAUGAUGGCGUUACUUGUUUCUACUGUGGAAAUACCCUAGUCAAUUGGGCAGAUGCAAUUGCUUCUACAAAUGAAAAUAUCGUUCAGUUAGAACAUGCACGGUUUUUUCCUUGUCGUUUCGUAACUUAUACAGCUGGUGGAAAAUUUGUUGCCAAUGCUGGUUACUUUCAUAGUGUGUUACCACAAGAACGUCGUGAUCGAAACCCAAUGACAUCGACACCUAUUGGUGAUUCGAAGAACGAUGAUAACAAACCUCGAACAACUGAUGAAUGUUUAGCAACAUUUGAAAAUUGGCCUUCUUACGCUCCAGUAUCAGCUCAAGCUUUAGCUGAAACUGGAUUUUAUUAUUUAGGCGAUGAAUUACGCGUGAAAUGUUUUAUGUGUGACUUAGAAGUCGAUAAUUGGGUGCAUGGUAUGACAGCAUUAGGUACGCAUCGUAAACGAAAGAACGACUGUCAGAUCAUUCGUGCUAUUGAUAGUACUAAAACGGGCGACAUACAAACAGCGAAUGAGAAAUGGCGUUUAGAAACACUUGUGGGCUUAUCAUUUUUUCAUUCUAAUUCAAACGAUACGAAACAAUUAGAAAAUGAUCAACGUCUUUGUCGGGAAUUAGCAGCAUGUGGAUUUUAUCGUCAUAAAAAUUCGAAAAUUAUUCGAUGCGCAUAUUGUGGUGUUACGAUUGAACCAAAACCAGGUUCGUCUAUCAUGUCUCAACAUCGUCAUUUAGCUAAACAAUCAUGUAAAAAGACGCCAAUGAUCACAACGAAUGAUCCAAAAUCGACUCAUACAGUCGAUUGUCUUAUAGUACGAGCGCAAUGUCCUGCGAAUAUUGUCAUUCCGCAUCGUGAACGUUUUCCCGAAUAUCCGCUAUAUCAGUCGAUAUUCGAUCGAAUAAAAACCUUCGAAAAUUAUCAGCAACGACAUAAAGUUACUGAUGGUGCUAUACGUGAAAUGGCCGAGGCCGGAUUUUUCUUUGAUGAACACAAGUGUAUGCGAUGCUUCCAAUGUGGUAAUUCAUUAUCCAGUAAGGAUAAAAUACGAAGAGAAAAGUAUCCAGAUUACAACAUGGCACAACUGCACGCACACCUUUACCCGACAUGUGAAUGGAUCAAAGAGAUCUUAGGUGUCAAAUAUAUAGCACAAGUUCUACACGAUCGAUACCAAUCGAAAGAGCCUCAGCCACAAACCUCAUACAACGCACAGUCAUCAUCGGCAUCGUCGACUCAAACAACGAUCAGUUCUUUCUCAUCCGUUCUAGCAACACCAGCUACUGCAGAUGUUUCACCUCCGUCAUUUUCGAAUCCGUUAAAUGAACCAUUUCUGUCCGAAGGUGAAGAAUCAUCUGAUGAAGAAGGUUUUCAAACAGUUGCUCGACCAUCUACUGCGUCAUUUGCGAAUAGUAUUCAACCCCUACGUUCUCCGCCUCCAUCUGCACCGUCACAUGAAUCGUCGACUACAGAACAUGCACAAACUUGUUCGGACCCUACCUCUACUGAUUAUCACAGUCAAUUAACGUCCCCGAUGAUGGCAAAUCAAACGAAUCCAUUCAAACGACAGUAUUUCCUUCAAGAACAAAAACGUGAGCACACAGGUGAUAGUAUUUCAUCUGACAAUGGGUCACAUGAAAUGUCGCCCGUAAUUGGAAAUUCACCAGCUAUUUCUUCGCCGGUUGACGUUCCUUCGCUGCUUGCUCAUGAAUCACAUCGUUUGGAUACAUUCAAGAAACUAAAACUCGAACGAUUCGCCAAUGUUGAUGUCGCACAUCUUGCUUAUGUUGGCUUUUACCUAAACGCUGAGGGUACGGAAAUCCAGUGUCCAUGGUGUGAAGUACGUUUGACUGAAAAAAGGUUCGAAGAGAUCGUACGCACACGACCCGCUGUUACACGAUCAACGAUAACAGAUGAACCAUGGACACCUAUGCGUGUUCAUCGACAUGAAAAUGGCAUUUUAAUGGAUCAGGAUCAUCCGUGGUGUACAUGGGUUCGACGCGAAGCAGGUGGGCUUUAUCCAAACGUGACCAUGUUAGUAAGUCAGAUGCUGUAUCCUGAAUAUCCAUCAUAUUCGAAGAUCGAAAAACGUAUUCAAUCAUUCGCAUCUGAUUGGAUUUAUCCAAGUGGCAGUCGUCUUUCGAAUCAAAUGAUGGCUGAAGCAGGAUUCUUUAAUAUGGGCGGAGGUAGUGUUUGUUGUUACUACUGCGGAAAUAAACUACAAAGUUUCGAACCACGCGAUUGUCCAUUCGAAGAGCAUGCCACAUUUUAUCCCCUUUGUGAUUUUAUUCAACACGUACGCGGUCUUGAUUAUAUCAAUCGAAUCAUUCUGGAAUGUGGGAGAAUCCCACAAGGGCGACUUCGAUACGAGACAGAUGGUAAACAAAAGAUUAAGCGUAUUAUAUUUGAUAAAAGUGGUCCAUCAAAACGUAAAAGUGAACGUCCACCAGUGAAUCGCAUCAACUCCUAUUCAUCUCGUUCGUCCAGUCGAAAUGUCGCACUUAAUGAAACAGUUGAUGACCUCUGUCUUAUCUGCUCAGAGCACAAUGCAACACACGAAUACGAUCCAUGUGGACAUUAUCGUAUAUGCGGGGAAUGCUUUGCCCGUUUAGAUUCGGAACAUCUUCAAAGGUGUAUGAUUUGUUUGAAACCAGCUACAAUAAAAGCUCGAUCGCCUAAUACGCCUCGUACACAGUGA